GAUUACGAAUAAAAAAAAUAACCAGCUAUAAAUACUCUCACCCCUUAAUAUUUUUCUUCAUUCACAACUUGAAGCUCUUAAUUUCUAACUGAGAAAAGGAGAAAAAUUAGGGUUUGGGAUUUCACACCGUUCCUAAAAUCUUCACCAUGUCUUCAACCAGAAAGAUCACUUUGAAGAGUUCCGACGGCGAGGCUUUCGAGGUCGAUGAAGCGGUUGCGUUGGAGUCACAGACGAUUAAGCAUAUGAUCGAAGAUGACUGUGCCGACAGUGGAAUUCCUCUUCCUAACGUCACAAGCAAGAUCUUAGCUAAGGUGAUUGAGUACUGUAAGAAACAUGUUGAGGCUGUUAGUUCUGAUGAGAAACCUUCUGAUGAUGAUCUUAAAGCUUGGGAUGUUGAUUUUGUUAAGGUUGACCAGGCUACGCUGUUUGAUCUUAUUUUGGCUGCAAAUUACUUGAACAUCAAGAGUCUGCUGGAUCUUACCUGCCAGACAGUAGCUGACAUGAUCAAGGGGAAGACACCGGAGGAAAUCCGCAAGACCUUUAACAUUAAGAAUGACUUCAGUCCAGAGGAGGAGGAGGAAGUUCGUAGGGAAAAUCAAUGGGCAUUUGAAUGAUGCUCUUGAAAGAUCAAAAAGAAGAAUUGCAUUGUGGGUUUAUGGCUUAUGUUUGUUUUAUUCACUAAAUAUCCACAAUGUAGAUUUAUCUAUGCUAUAUGCAAUGUACUUGUUUAUCUUUUGGAUCUCUUGUGCUGUGUGUUAACUAUAUUCACUGAACAGCUUUAUUUUACUUCAUGAACUUAAGUGCAGUCUGAAAUGUAAGUAAUAGUAGUUGUUUAUCUAUGAUGUUUGAUGAGCAA